GGAACCAGCCCAGCAGCCGGUCGGUCUGCAGCUAGCGACUGCGUACGUCGUCGUCGAUGGCGGCGGCGGCGGCGGCGGUGGCGGUGAGGGUGCUGGGCGGGGAGGUGAGCCCGUUCACGGCGCGGGCGCGGCUGGCGCUGGAGCUGCGCGGUGUGGCGUACGAGCUCCUGGACGAGCCGCUCGGGCCCCAGAAGAGCGAGAGGCUCCUCGCCGCCAACCCCGUCUACGGCAAGAUCCCCGUGCUGCUCCUCCCCGACGGCCGCGCCAUCUGCGAGUCAGCCGUCAUCGUCCAGUACGUCGAGGACGACGUGGCCUCGCGGGGUGGCGGCGAGGAGGCCGGCGGGCGGCUGCUGCCGGAGGACCCCUACGAGCGCGCCAUGCACCGCUUCUGGACCGUCUACGUGGACGACAAGUUUUGGCCGGCGCUGGACGCCAUCUCCCUGGCGCCGACCCCGGACGCCCGCGCGCAGGCCACGGCCGACGCCCGCGCUGCCCUACGGCUCCUGGAGGAAGCGUUCAAGAGCCUCAGCAAUGGCGCGGCCUUCUUCUCCGGCCACGACACGGCGCCGGGGCUCCUGGACGUCGCGCUGGGGUGCUUCCUUCCGGCGAUCAGGGCGUGCGAGCGGCUCCACGGGCUCUCCCUGCUGGACGCCUCCGCGACGCCGCUAAUGCAGAGGUGGAGCGAGCGGUUCGCCGCGCUCCCCGCCGCCAGGCGCGUGCUGCCGGAGACGGAGAAUGUGGUGCAGUUCACGAGGUUCCUCCAGGCAAAGUUCGGGGUCGAUGUGUCCAAAUAAUAAAGCGUAUCCGCUGUUGUUAUGCAUGUACACUCGCGCCUUAACUAAUUCGUAUGCGUGCUCAAUUUAAUUUUUCUGUGAUUUCUGUGCUCGCAGUUCUGUUUCCAGUACAUGAAUGAAUGGAAUAAACUUGUUCAUGCAAACUAA